AUGCCACGGUGUCACGGGAGCCGAUCGCACAGACGUGACGUCACGACGCACACCCACUCACCGGUCGGCGCCGCCCUCGGUGGCGGAGCUGGCGUGGAACAGCAGCGCCAGAGCAUGUGCCACGAGGGCCAAUCGCACAGACAUGACGUCACGACGCACACCCACUCACCGGUCGGCGCCGCCCUCGGUGGCGGAGCUGGCGUGAAGCAGCAGCGCCAGAGCAUAUGCCACGAGGGCCAAUCGCACAGACAUGACGUCACGACGCACACCCACUCACCGGUCGGCGCCGCCCUCGGUGGCGGAGCUGGCGUGGAACAGCAGCGCCAGAGCAUGUGCCACGAGGGCCAAUCGCACAGACAUGACGUCACGACGCACACCCACUCACCGGUCGGCGCCGCCCUCGGUGGCGGAGCUGGCGUGAAGCAGCAGCGCCAGAGCAUAUGCCACGAGGGCCAAUCGCACAGACAUGACGUCACGACGCACACCCACUCACCGGUCGGCGCCGCCCUCGGUGGCGGAGCUGGCGUGGAACAGCAGCGCCAGAGCAUAUGCCACGAGGGCCAAUCGCACAGACAUGACGUCACGACGCACACCCACUCACCGGUCGGCGCCGCCCUCGGUGGCGGAGCUGGCGUGAAGCAGCAGCGCCAGAGCAUAUGCCACGAGGGCCAAUCGCACAGACAUGACGUCACGACGCACACCCACUCACCGGUCGGCGCCGCCCUCGGUGGCGGAGCUGGCGUGGAGCAGCAGCGCCAGAGCAUGUGCCACGAGGGCCAAUCGCACAGACAUGACGUCACGACGCACCCCCACCCACCGGGCGGCGCCGCCCUCGGUGGCGGAGCUGGCGAGAGCAGCAGCGCCAGAGCAUAUGCCACGAGGGCCAAUCGCACAGACAUGACGUCACGACGCACACCCACUCACCGGUCGGCGCCGCCCUCGGUGGCGGAGCUGGCGUGGAACAGCAGCGCCAGAGCAUGUGCCACGAGGGCCAAUCGCACAGACAUGACGUCACGACGCACACACCCACUCACCGGUCGGCGCCGCCCUCGGUGGCGGAGCUGGACG